UCGACUCAACAGUUCGGUUCUUCAUCUUUCUUCUUCAUUCCUCCACCAUUUCCACGAUGAGCGUUAACGAGAGCUCCAACACCUCCAGCAACAGCCCCCAAUCCUCUGGAUCCAUCCCCGACCCCUGGUACAUCGUGGCCGGUGUGAUUCUCGUCAUUUGUUUGCUCGGUAUCCCCGCCAACAUCAUGGUGAUAAUAAAACUUAGCCGGCGUCUUCACGGCUCCUCCAUCUCGCAGCGGCUCUUCUUCAACCUGGCAGUGUCGGACCUGCUGUGCCUGCUCUGUUUGCCUUUUGGCAUGCUCAUUUUCUACAGCGGAUCAAAUCUGACGUAUGGCGUCUGUCGGCUUCUCUUUUACUUCUUCUUUUUCUGCGUCAGCUCCGACUUAAACAUUCUGGUGCUGAUCGGCCUUCAGAGAUACUACCAGAUUCUUCACCCUAAUAAGUGGUCCAAGCUGGACCGGACAUGGCAGCGGCUUUUACUGUUCUCUGUGUGGAUGCUCGCAACCCUGGAGGCUUUUCCAGUCGUGUUUUCACUAACAGACAUUACAACCAAGAAAGGGUGGACCAGCACUCAUUCCUGCAGCAAUCACACAAUCACACCGUUGUUCGAAGUGGUUUACAUCACAUUCAUUGUUCUCAGCCACUUGGUCCUGCUGUCCUGCUAUGUGCUACUUUUUCGAGGGGUCAACCGAGGUAAAAUGGCCAAGAAGAAAGAGCCCAGAGCUACUAAACUUUUCAUCCGAAUAAUCGCCGUAUCCCUGGCCGUUGCCUUCUUUCCCUUCAUUCUCCGUAUGCUGUAUGUGGUCGCUCUCUUCACGGAUUCAGAAAAACUGCUUCGUGUUAGCAAGAUGCUGACGUUUGUGGAAUGUUUUUACUUUUUCAAUCACUGUCUGAAUCCAUUCCUGUAUUUCUUUGCGUCUCAGUAUGGCAACAGAGACAGCAGCCAGAAGAAUAACUUCCUUAAUGACGACUAAUAUGACUGCUCGUGUGAUCCCUGUAUCGUAGCUUCAUAUUUUUAACAGACAUCUGCUAAACUUAAUCUCACUGAUGGUCUUGGAAGUGCUGAAUACUGUGUCAGUGUGAAUACAAAACUUCUCUACUACUUCCAUUUUUCUUCUCUGUACAGAAACCACAUGAUGUACAAAAGAAUGCAUAACAAUUUUUAAACAAUGAUGAUGCCAUUUAAUUAUUUAGGAUUAUUUUGAUUGUGCAUUUUUGGGGUUUUUUUGCAUUGUGUGCCUUUAUAUUAAAAGAACAUUCCACAAAACAGACUGU